AUGGCCGCUCCUCCGUCUUCUUCCUCCGGUAGCCUCGAAGCUCACCAUGAGGAGGAGGAUCGAACUCUCAACCCCCCUCGGGAGUACAACGACUUCGUCUCAACUCUCCCGCUCGAGGAAGGCUGGGUUCUCACCCACCUCCGAGAAUGCCAAGGCUUCUGGUUCUCAUCCUUCAUGCUUGCCGGCGUCAUGGCUGUCCGACAACGCUUGAAGCCUCGCCCUGACGAUUUGUUCCUGAUGAACCACCCGAAAACCGGCACCACCUGGCUGAAAGCACUCACGUUUGCCAUCAUGACUCGAAGCCACCACCCUCUCCUUAGCCGCAACCCUCAUGACUGCGUCCUUUACUUGGAAGGGAGCUUUGCCGUCGGCGAAGCUUCCAGGAUAGAAGCUGCGACACCCCCUAGAAUUUUCUCCUCCCACAUUCCUUACUCGAUCCUCCCCGACUCGAUCACCGGCUCCGACUGCCGAAUGAUAUAUGUUUGCCGAGACCCGAAGGAUGUGCUGAUCUCCUGGUGGCACUACAGAGAGAGGAUGAGGCCGGAGACGAUGGAGCUAUUCUGCGAGGGGAGGUGCAACUAUGGGCCAGUAUGGGAACAUGUUCUCGAGUUCUGGAGGGAGAGCAGGAGGCGGCCGGAGAAGGUGUUGUUCGUGAAGUACGAGGAGAUGCUGGAGGAGCCGGUGGGGAGCGCGAAGAGGUUGGCAGAGUUCAUGGGGUGUCCCUUCUCGCCAGAGGAAGAGAAGGAAGGGGUCUUGGAGGACAUUGUAAGGCUCCGUAGCUUUGAGAACUUGAGGAAUUUGGAGGUGAACAGGACGGGACGUCGAAAAAUCCCGGUCUACGGGGUAAUGAAUGCGUCGCUGUUCAGGAAAGGGGAGGUGGGGGAUUGGAGGAACCAUAUGAGUCCCGAGAUGGCUCGGAGGAUGAAUGAAAUCACCCAGGAGAAGCUGAAGGGAUCUGGUCUGAUCCUCGAGAAUGCGAGCUUGGAGGCUGCCCCCACCGGCUAAACGAAUCCCAUUUUUCUCUUCUCGCCCUCCUAUAGUUUUCUUGGUCUCCUACCUAUUAAACUUUGUUCUGUGUUGUGCUGUUGGAGUUUAGUUUUGAGUACGUUGUUCUUCUGGGUCUUUGCAAAGCCUCCGUUCACAAUGGAUAGCCUACUGUUGGUGUUUAAGUAGGGCUAUUGGGCGGAGGUUUUGAUUUCUCUAUUGGAAGGAGUUUAUGUUUCUAAUG